GAAAUUUACCGUUUUGUUGAAAAACUAAUGGGGAAAAGUUUUCUAAACUUUUCCACUGCGAAAACAUAAUUUGUUCUGGUGGGAAUUAUUGCAUUGCGCUAGAAAGGUAUAAAUACUGACAAAUCAAGGAGCUUACUUCAGUUGCGGAUAAUUGUGAACUGCGAAUAUUGUGCAUAGAGAGAUUCAACUCCAGCAAUGAUUUUCGAAUAUAUCAGAGAACCAGAUGGGGAAAAUCUGCUUGCAGCCCGAGACGGCUACAAAUACGUCGAUGAUAUUAUAGUCUUCUUGGGCUGGGCCUCGGUCGAGGGGCGUGGCUACAUAUAUCGUCGAUUAUAUAGACUGUAUACGGUUUUGGUCGUCAUUUUCAGUCUAUAUGUUCCCGUUCUAUUCGUAAUGUCGCUUAUGUGGACCAUUGAUAUCUCCCAUGCCGAUACUCUGUUCACCACGCUCGAGGUGUUCUUCAACGGCCCCUCCUAUACGAUCAAGUCGUGCAUAAUGCUCCACAACAGAUGGCGUGUGGACAAGGCCAAGGACAUGUUGGACGUGAUGAGCGAGCGUAUGGUGACAUACGAAGAGCGGGUGAAACUUCAUCGAUUGGCCGUCAGCUCCAAUUACAUAACAAUUACAUAUCGGAUUGUAUACAUGGUACCAACGACACUGAAUUUAAUCCAUAGCCUCUACAAGGGAUAUCCGCCUCUAAAUUUGUAUAAUCCAUUUGUGGACUGGCAUAAGGAUACGCUCAGUCUGUGGAUCGCAGCAUUUUGCGACUAUCUCCUACAGAUCUUUGCGGUCCAUGUCUUCAUAGGCUCAGAUUCUAUGCUUCUGAUAUUCGGGUCGACUAUGCGAUCCUAUACACAAUGGCUGAAAGACCGGAUCGAAGAAUUGCGCAAUAAUCCCGAAAUGACUGAGGAUGAGAACUACCAGCAACUUGUUCAAUGCAUCAAGGAUCAUAAGCUUCUUGUGGAUUACAGCGAGAACAUGCGUCCUCUGCUAUCUCGUACCUUGUUUGUUCAGUAUUGCACAGCAUCCUUGGUGAUGGCAUCAUCACUAAUUCAUUUGGUAGCUUUUGCGGAUUUGGUCUCGGGCAUUACAACCACCAUUUAUAUGGUCUCAGCUUUGUUUCAAACUUUUCCAAUAUCGUACAUCUGCGAGCAGUUAGUUGAUGACUGUGAACUACUAUCGAUGGCUAUAUUUCAUUCGAAUUGGAGGGGUGCGACCGGCGCCUACACUUCGGCCCUUAAGUAUUUCAUUCACAGGACCCAGCAACCAAUCCAAUUUAUAGCUGGCGGCGUAUUCCCCAUAUGCCUGAACGUAAAUAUUCAAGUGGCUAAAUUUGCAUUCACUUUGACAACAUUUGUUCAACAGAUGAGCGUAUUUGAAAACUUUGAACGUUGAAUUACCGAAAGAGCCGUGUGUUAGAAGUCAUAUCUAAAUAAACAUAUAUCCUUGACUCAUAAAUGA